UGACAAUCGCAUACCAGUAUAUAUAAUUAUAGACAGUUAGUACUGUAACAGAUCAUUCCACAAGCAAAUAACCAGGUAUAUGGUGAAUAUUGCAUAUUUAACAGACAAAAGACAAUGAAUCAUCAUCUUUGUGUUUUUCUAUUUGUCGGAUUGCUAUAUGGGAAGGUAUGUGCCAAGAAACCUUGUCAUUUUUACGAUGUAGUUGAGUAUUCCUCCUCACGUGACACAUGGGAAAAAGCCCGAGAAUACUGUCAAUCAAAUGGCGGUGACUUGAUCAUGAUAGACAACCCAAGAGAGGAUCAUCGUAUCCAAAAAUUUCUGGAGGAUGUGAAAAACAAGAAAACUGGAGAUGGGUGGUACAUAGGAGCAACAUAUGUUGACGGAGAAUGGAGAAUGGUAGACGGAUCUCCGAUGUGGUACACAAACUUUCCUACAUAUCAUGUUCAAACUGAAUCCAUAGAAAUGCAGAGCCUCGACACGCCAAAUGUACAACGAAUAACCAACUACGCUGCUAUAUUUUAUGACGUCAGUACGCAUGGGUAUGAAACCUAUAACUGGGGUUAUAUGUCACCACGAGACAGAAGCAAGCUGGGAUCAAUUUGCGAAUUAACACUAUGCUGACCAGU